AUGGUGGUGGCCGCCGCCGCCGUGGUGGUGGUGCGACGUCGUCAUUACCCUGUCGAUCAACCCCCUGACAACUCCUCCACGUGGCACGGGAUGUUGAUCGGCCCCUCCUGCUCGAACCCGUACUCCUCCUCCGCCUCCCCUAGCAGCCGCGCGAACAAAGGGUGGUUCACGUACGCCACCGGAAUCACGAAUCGCCGCCGCUCCUCCUCCUCCCGUCCGAUGGUCACCGCCAGGCACCCCUUCGGCACGCCCGCCGCCUCCCGCCUCCCCACGCCGCCUCCGAUCGACCGACUCAUCAGUAUUUACAGAGAUAUCGACCAACAAAUUGCUCACAAAAAUAUGAAAAACAAAAGUCGAGCGAGAUUUAGGAAGAAGAGAGAGGAAAAGGGCCAAGGAUCGGAAGCCGAGAUGGCGAGUGCGAACAGGGAUAAGGCGGCGUCGGUUAGAGAUUUGGGAAUAUUGCUCAUGGUUUUGGGUAAUGGGGAUUGUGUUUAUAUAGGAAAAGGAGUUUUUGUGCGUGUAGAGUUUGGGUUCGUUCUAGAUUUAGCUGUCAUUGGUUGG